AUGGACAACAUGGCCGCCAAUGGGACUAGCAACUACCCAGCAUACCCCACCGACUUCCCCUACAACUCCAGCCUAGACUAUGAGGACUACGACCAGGAACCUGACACCAGCAAGAUCAUCAUCCCCUCCAUCUACGCCCUGGUCUGCUGCGUGGGUCUAACAGGCAACACCAUGGUUAUCUAUGUUAUCCUUAAGUACGCUAAGAUGAAAACUGCCACCAAUAUUUAUAUAUUGAAUCUGGCAAUUGCAGAUGAACUGUUUAUGUUGAGUGUGCCGUUUCUGGCGACAUCGGCGGCUGUACGUCAUUGGCCAUUUGGCUCGCUCAUGUGCCGUCUGGUGUUGAGCGUGGACGGCAUCAACAUGUUUACGUCCAUCUUCUGUCUGACGGUGUUGAGCGUGGAUCGAUACGUGGCCGUGGUUCACCCUAUCAAAGCUGCCCGCUACCGCCGACCGACUGUUGCCAAAGUAGUCAACGUCUGUGUGUGGGGCCUCUCGCUCCUCGUCAUCCUCCCCAUUAUAAUUUUCGCUGACACGGUCCCGGCGCAGGACGGCGGUGUGGACUGCAACUUUCUGUGGCCCGAGGCAGCGUGGUCGGAGGCAUUCGUGGUCUACACCUUCCUGCUCGGCUUCCUGCUUCCUGUGGGCGCAAUCUGCCUCUGCUACUGCCUGAUGGUGGCACGCAUGCGGGCGGUCGGGCUGAAAGCCGGUUGGCUGCAGCGGCGACGCUCUGAGAAAAAGAUCACACGGAUGGUGGUGUGUGUGGUGGCGGUUUUUGUCCUCUGCUGGAUGCCUUUCUACAUCGUCCAGCUGGUCAGCGUGUUCCACCACCCUCCCAACCCCAUGGUCACCCAGCUCUUCGUCAUCCUAAGUUAUGCCAACAGCGGCGCCAACCCAAUCCUCUAUGGCUUUGUGUCGGAUAACUUCCGCCGGUCGUUCCAGAGGAUUGUGUGUUUCCGUUGGUUGGAGUCUGGGCUGGACUGUGAACAGGUGGACUACCGUGCUGUAGCCCUGAAGAGACAGGCCACCAAUGGACAAAAAGACUUCCCUAAAGAAUGCCUGGCAUCUGAUAUGGUGUUCCGGAAUGGGACAUAUACCUCACGCACUACUACAUUGUGA